CAUCCAAUCACUAAUUAAAAAUAAUAUGAUACUGUAUUUUAAAAUGUCUUAAUUAUUUCAGUCUGGUUAUUACCUCACAACUAUUAAACGAAUCGGCCGAUUGUAAUGAUUUUAACAUAGUGGGACCCUGGUUCCUGGGUAAUAAUGCCAAGUUACGAAAUUAUAAUUUUGACGCGGAUAAUGUUGCAAAAAACUAAUAGUAUGACGUUAAUAUAUAAACAACAUCAUCUUCCUGACAAUGUCUCGGAAGGCAUGAGUUUACUUUCACAUACGUAUGAUACCAAAUCUUGGAAGUAUGAUUAAGCGAGUACAAACGAGCGAGUUAUUGUAUAAGAUCUGUUUACUUAUUAAAGUUUUAUUUAUCAUAAAAUAAAUACUUUUCAAUAACCUAAAAAUAUAUAGGGAGGUACCUAACAUUAUAUUAAAUAAGAUGCAGUUAUAACAGUGAAUGUUCCGCCACCGCACCUAUUAAACUGCAUCUAUACAAUGACGGUGAGCGAGUAUUAAAGAAAGUAAUCGUUAGCCCAGGUUAUAGGCAGCCACUCUUUACCGAGAGAAUGCACUAUAUAAAGCAACUCAAUACACUUGUCAGUCGAUAGUUUUAGCUGUACCUCGGACUAACGCUCACCAGCCGUACAAUGGAAAUACCGAAAUUAAUAACGUUACUAUGCUGCACUAGCAUUUGUCUCGCAUCACAUUACACCCACACGAUACCAGUAGAAGGAUAUGAAACUGAGUUGCAGGAUCUUGGUCAACAUGUCGAAGUGCCCGAAACACCAGUUAAAGUAAUAAAAAUCACUAAGACAAUUGCCGUUAAAGUUCCCGUACCGUACCCGGUAAAGGUUGUGGAAAAGGUGCCUUAUCCUGUACAUGUUAACAGACCAUAUCCUGUACCAGUACCACAGAUUAUAAAAGUUCCUGUAGCGCACAAUCCCAACGGUCAGGAAGCUCUCGACGUCGGACACGGAAACCAGUUCCAAAAUCGUCAACACGACGGUAACUCAUAUCAAGUGCAAGAAGCUCCUCACGAUAUCUCAAUAGCCGGCGACACGUACGAUGGAUCUAAGAUCCAGUCUUAUGACGAAGGUAAUCACGAAAACAGCUAUGGAGCCAGUGGCGAGGAAAAUAAUCCAGGGGGUAACUAUUAUGCACAACCAUCACAAGAUAUUCAUGGGUUUUCUGGCGAUCAAGAUGGCCAUAAUUCUUUUCAAUCAAAUAGUUACGAUCAAGCUAUCCAAACCUAUUUAAGCAAUUUGAAACCAAAUGAAAACUUUGGCGGUUCAAGAGACUAUCAUUAGCAUUUAUAUUGGUUUAAGAUUUAGCUUACGAUAAGGCGUACCUGAUCAUGAGAAGAAAGAGAUUAACAUUAUAAAAAGAUUAUUAUAUACAUACAAUAAAUAUGGUACAAAGGUAUAUUCAUUGGUGCUAAAUAGGACAUAUCGAUUGUGUAUCUUAUUGCAGUAAUAGUGCAUGAUAACUUUCACAUCAGAGACUGGAAACAUACAUAAAAACGAGUUUUAUAUAACUGAAAGAGACCAAAAUGUAUUCGUUUAAAAUAAAAUUAUGCUCACGAUGCUUUAAAUUAAAUAGAAGGAAAGUGUGUUGUUCCAUUUAACUGUUACGAACUCUUAA